GAGUUGGCUUGGAACUCUUCUUCCUCGAAAUGUAGUUGAUUAGAUUUUGGCAACUCCAAUUCCAGUGUUUGGACAGCAAACGGAUAAAAUUUUCUAGAAUGGCUCUCCGGAUGAAAAGUAGGAAUGCACUCAUCUUCAACAAUAAAAGGACGCCUCCACAUGUUCUGUUCCAGCAAGCUUGCUCUCUAGCAAUAGAUACACGUUUGGCUUUGGCAUCCAAUAUUCUAACUCACCCUCGCCUACCACGAUGGAUAAGGUGGUUCCCACUUGAUUUCCCUUUUCUCAAGUUGAAUACAGAUGGGGCAUUGAACCAUUCCUCAGGAAGAGCUAGUGCAGGUGGACUCAUUCGGGAUCAUGGUGGUCGAUGGAUUCAUGGUUUUGCUAUUAACAUUGGGCCACAAACUAGCUACAUGGCAGAGCUUUGGGGACGUUGGAUUGGCCUUCAGCUAGCUCUUGAGCUGGUUCAACACACGUUGAGGGAAGGAAACACAGCAGCAGAUUUCAUGGCAUCUAUCGAACAAGAUCUCAACCACAACACCGCCUUUUUUUCGACUCCACCACCAGAUAUCAACAGCCUCCUCCAUGGGGAUAGCGUAGGAACUCUAUUCCUUAGGAUUUAGCUUUAUCUAGCUUCUUAUGUACCGAAAAAAAAAACAAUAAAGUUUG